AAUAACAUGUACAACAGAAUAAUGGCGGACGGGGUUGUAGUUUCAGAUUUCGUUAAAACCCCAAAAGUAACUGCUGAAGAGAAGCCUAUUUUGACCAAAGAAAUGGUUGAUACUAAGCAGAAAGAUGCUACAGUUACCGAUAAUAAGGAAAAUGUUUCAGAAGAAAGAAAUUUCAACGUUGUUAUUGGUGAAAAUUACCUGGUAAAGCGAGCUGAUAACACGUGGCAUAAUGCUGAGGUUGUCCAAAUUAGACACAAUGAUUACAAAAUGGGAAGAAUGGAGUACUAUGUUCACUACAAAGGAUUGAAUCGUCGUAUGGAUGAAUGGGUGGAUGUGAAUAGGUUAGAUGUCCACCAUCCAGUGGAGGUAAAGAAGCAAGUCGAUCAAAAUAUCAUCUUUGCUGAUCAACCAGACAGAAAAAUAACACGUAAUCAAAAACGCAAACACGAUGAAAUCAACCACGUUCAGAAGAGUUUGGCAGAAAUGGACCCAACAACUGCAGCUUUAGAGAAGGAACAUGAACUUAUUACUAAAGUCAAGUAUGUAGAUAGGAUCCAGAUUGGCAAGUAUGAGAUUGAUGUUUGGUAUUUUUCACCCUACCCUGAAGAAUUUGGUCGUCAGCCCAAGCUGUGGGUUUGCGAGUACUGUCUAAAUUACAUGAAGUUUGAAAGAACAUAUAAGAAACAUAUGAGUACAUGUACUGCACGGCAGCCCCCUGGCAAGGAGAUCUACAGGAAAGGAUCAAUAUCUGUAUACGAAGUGGAUGGACAUGAUGCCAAGAUAUAUUGUCAGAAUGUUUGUCUCCUGGCAAAGUUAUUCCUGGACCAUAAGACACUGUACUUUGAUGUGGAACCAUUCCUAUUCUACAUACUCACAGAAGUGGAUCGUUACGGGGCACAUAUUGUUGGUUUCUUCUCCAAGGAGAAGGAAUCACCAGAUGGUAACAACGUUGCAUGUAUUUUAACUCUUCCACCAUUCCAAAGAAAAGGGUACGGCAAGUUACUGAUUGCCUUUAGUUAUGAGCUGUCAAAGAUUGAAAACGCAGUCGGCUCACCCGAGAAACCGUUAUCAGAUCUUGGCAAACUAAGUUACCGCAGUUACUGGUCGUGGGUUCUUCUCGAAAUAUUACGGGAUUUCCGUGGUACACUUUCCAUCAAAGAUCUCAGUCAAAUGACAAGUAUUGCCCAGAAUGACAUCAUCAGCACACUGCAAGCGCUGAACAUGGUAAAAUACUGGAAAGGCCAGCAUGUUGUUUGCGUGACCCCAAAGCUGGUUGAAGAACACUUGAAGAGCACACAGUAUCGCAAACCUCGUCUCACAGUCGACGUGUCAUGUCUGAAGUGGAGUCCGCCAAAGAAACCAAGUGCAAAGUUUGGCUCCAAGCUGAAAAAAUGAACUAGAUAUUGGAGAAUUCGAUGAACUAAAAGUCAACAGAUUGAGAAUGGUUUUAAAAAUGAUUUUAUAUUCAUAGUCUCUUUGAGUCAUGAUCCUUAUUUUUAGCUUUUUGAAAUCUGAUGUUGUGAACCCUCAGCCAUAGCCUUUGUCCUCUGAGUAACAAUCAAGUAAAUAGCUGUAUUUAUAUUGAUUGUGGAUGAUUGCUAUCACGUAGGUCCCAGGCUAUGUACCUUACUCUUAUGCAGGUCUUAUUAAGCCAUUUUCUAACAUGGCGAGGCGAGUGACCGAGUGGUUAGACCUUAACAUCAGCACUGGUUCGAGCCACCACUCCUUGCCCAUGGUUCAGUUUAUAGUACCAAGUGUUCUCAGAUAAAGAAUUAAUGUGGAGGUUCAGUAUAAACGUCUUGUUUGUGGAAAAGUUCAGGGUGUUACCAUGAUGCUAUACAUGUACAGUAGUUCGUUUCAGACCAUGUCAUUGAAUCGUUUGAACAUGAAGCUACUGUAAGUGCCUCUUUACAGCGGCUAGGUAGUCAUGGACCAUGCCCAUAAGCAAUUCAGCACAAUGACGCUGUGACUUAUGGGUCGUUACCCCACCUUUAUUUUUUGUUUACAUCAGAGGGAUAAUCAUUUUCAAAAUUUUUAAUGACAGUGCUUCAGCUGCUUACAUUCUUCUAAUUAAUCAUAGUAUAAGCUUGCUACUGUAUAUAAACAUAAUGCAAAAUGUGGUCGAAUAUUGAAGAGAUAUAUAUAUAUAAAACCCACCAUGAAGACAAAGGCCUUUGUAAACAACAGUUUCGGAUAUCUCUGGAUCUUCCGCUGAAGUUCAUAACUUAACCAUGGUUUACCGGGAUUAAACAGUUAAUGUAUGAACAGUAUAAACAGAUUAAUGGAAUUGCAACUGGGUUAAUAGUUAUCGAUCUAAUCUAAUCAUAUUUAUAAAUUAAAGAAAAUGCAUACAGUAGCAACAUCAUGCUUCAUAAUGAUAAUAGUAUUGUAAUAUAUCUUACAUAGCACCCACAUUCACUUUAGAACAGCUCUUUUAAGCAAGGCCUCAUUGAUUUACACUUCAUAUGUUGCAACAACAUAUCUUUUUUGUACCUACAUAAGGCCUAUAACAGAUACUCUGGCAAUUACUACAAGUGGAGCCUUUUGGCAGUUACCGUGCACCAAGAAUCUCAUAAUAUGUAAUUUUUCUUUGGUGGCUGUGGCAUAAACAUUAUCAAAUUAGUAUAUCUUAGGUUCAAAAUUAUUAUCAUCCUUUAUUAUCCAUCCAAAUGUAUCUUUAGUAGUCAUCUCAAAAGUAUAUAAACUCACUAAUGAGGGUGGUGUAGCAAAGCACAGUAAUAUUUUCUGUAAAAAGCCAAUUGUAAUAAAUAAAUACAAACUUUUGUAUAUUUGUACAGUAA